GCAGCAGCGAGUGUCGCGUUAUUUUCCAAAGUGUCUGCCAAGCCAUAAUAUUAUUGUCAACUUAUGUAUUUUGUUCGCGUACGCGCGGGCAAUAAUAUUAUGGGUUAUUUGGCCGUCAAAUAAUUAGUAGACGCUCGCUCAUUUUCUAAGCGCAACGGCAUUAGGUGUUCGUCCACGUCUCGACGAACGAACCGUUGUCUCGUGUUGCGAACGAAUUUUUACGUGUUUGGAUAUAGAGUAGCUGCUAUUAUAUCACCUACCUAUUCGCAAAUCACAGCGCGCUCCGUCAGUUGGUCAUAUAUUCGCCAGUGUCGUUGCUCGUUACACACGGGAUGCGAUAUAUCAGAUUAUAUUUAUAUACAUACAUACGUGGAUACAUGAACGCGUAUGUAAAUGUAUUCGCGUAUAGAUGUUUAAAGUAUUUAUACCCUUGAAAGAAGUGUACUUAUAAGUGUUCGCGUGUGUGUGUGUUUCGCGUUUGGGACGUGCGCGAAUUAGAACAAUUAUAAUUUUCAUGCGUGGCCAACGGCUGCGCGAUUAUAUGCACGUCUAAAGGUUAUAAUAACGGUGCUUCGAUAGCUUGCGAUAAUAAAAAAUAUAUUCAUGUCAAGUAAUGAUGUGUCGCUGAUACAUAUCGUGUGUGAUUGUUUGUCGUGACUCGUGUGUAUGUGUCUUUGAAUAAAAACAAAGAAAAAAUGAAUGACAACGAAGUUGCUGCAGCUGCAUCAUCUCCUGCAUUUGAUUACCCGCAGCAUCAAAGUGACGAUGAUAGCAUUAUCGAUGCAUCCCAAUUUGAUUUUAGCGAUAAAGAUACAUGGUUGUGUACACCAUCAUCCAGACGUAACAGUGUGGGAAAUCAAAGAGUUGAAGAUCUUCAAGCUUGGCUGCAUGGCCAAGAAAACAAUCAGUAUGAUAUCAGUGAAUCUGCUUCUCAUAAAUUGGUCGACACAAGAACAUUUAGGAUAAAAAGAAAAUCAAAUAAUAGAUUAAGCCACGAUAGUACCGAAGCUUUAACAACAAGUGAUAAACCAUUUUCUAAUAUUUGGAAAAAUAAUACAUUUGUUUCAGAAACAAAAAAUGUUAACACUGAUAAGGAACAAAACAAUAAUAUGGAUAAAGAACAAAAAAUACUACAUGAAAGAAGAGACAGUAUACCUAUGAUGCUUCGUCGCAAAACAAAUCAGUUCAUGUCAGCGUAUCCAUCAGAAAGUCCUAAAUCAAUCAAUAGCGAUGCCAGUAUGGAAGCAUUUAUAAAUGCUGGUGGUUCAAAAGAUGGUCACUGUUCAAUGUUAAGUGAUGUCAGUGAGCCAGAAGUUGCUCCUUUUCUCAUGAAUAUCUCGGAACCUUCGUUUCUCUAUUCGUCGAUAAUGUCUGAUAGCAAAAUCGACGACGGCAGCAUACAAAUGAUGACCCAGUCUAUAACUGACAGCUUUAUCGAUCCGCAAAUACUGACGGACUCGAUGAUGGAGACUAGCAUGUUCAAGGAGGUGCAGGACGCCUCGGUAAUCGUAGAUUUUCUCAAGCAAAGCACGAGCGAACUCGUAUUGCAGGAAGACGCGACGGGCUACGAAAGCUCCGCUACCGAUCCCAGCGACCGAACGUUCGUCAAUGAGAAUGUCGAUGAUAAAAAUGGAACUUAUCGCAAGAGCUCGCCCAACGAGACUUUUGUUGCCAGCAACGACAAUUCCAAGUUGAGCGACACGUUUGUGGCCAACAAGUCCAUACUCAAGGACACGUACUCGGGGACGUCGUCACCAAUUUUGAAAGGUAGUCUGGCCAAACUGACGCACAUCGUCGCUGCUCAAUCGCCAGAUACAGUUCUCAGUACCAUCGGAAUUCUCGACACUUCGACACCCAACUCGAUGAUGACUACCACGCAAACGCUGGCCAAUGAGAAGGCCGAUGCAACCUUCGACCUACAAUCUUCGUCUCCGCAAGCCCUGGCGAGUAGAAAGCCCUUCGACGCAGGGUAUCAAGUCACCGAGCAAGUGCUUCGACGACAGACUCUAGUGGGUCAACCGGGUAACAGAGCAGAAGCAGCAGUACCAAAUCUGAGGUCGGAACUGCUCAAAGAAGUGCGCCGAACGAGUGGCAAAUUUGACUCGACUUUCAAAUUAAAUACCAACUUGGAUGGAUUUAACGACGCGACAUUCGAGGCAGCUCCCUCGAAGAAUAACGCGACAUUCGAUGCCGUUACCCCGAAGAAUGACGCAACAUUCGAUGCCGCUACGCCAAAGGAUGACGUGACGUUCAUCACCGGCUCGAACGAUGUUACUUUCGAUGCUUCGCCUCCGAACGACGAACCGACGUCAACGGUUGCGAAUAAUGCCACAUUCGAUGCCUUGGCUCCGAAAGAUCAAGCGUUAAGAUCCGAUGCCACGUUCGAUGCCGCAGCUCCGAACGAUGAACAAGCUUUGAGAGCCGAUGCAACGUUCGACGCCCCAGCUUUGAAGUGUUUGCAAGACCCCAAGGUUGAUACUACGUUCGCUGUUACUACUUCGAGUGCCGACGCAACUUUCGACGUCGCGAGCGAUCGACAAGACUUGAAAAUCAAUGCUGCUGAAGUAAAAAGCGAUGAAACCCGUGAAAUUUUGAAGCAAUGCAGCAACGUUCUCGAGGCAACGUAUGUCAGUAAAAUGGAGCCACCGGUUUCAAGGAAGAUCGUCGAUACGGCUUCCGAUCCGACUUCGCAGAAAACCAAAAUUAGUCCUGUAUCUUCUGUGCCACGAUUCGGUUUAGUGCCGCCGAAAAAGAUAUCUACUGAGCCAACUUCACAACCAGAUCCAAAUCGAUUCAAUACUUAUCGUAAAAAUCCCAAAGCCGUACGGAAUAAUCACUUUUCAAAAGCUCAAGACAUAGCUGAAAAGAACAACACGAAUAGGCCAUCUACAGCUCCAACUGAAAUACCAUCCACAAAAGCAGCGAACGAGGCUCUAAAUCAAAAUCGGUUCAACACAUUUUCUAAAAAAUCGGGAGGAAUACUGAAAAAAAUGCAUUACGUCGAUCACGGUGUCUCGGCUGACCAUAGGGCCGAAGAUUCGAAUAAAUUUGUAAAACCAACGAAACAAAUACAGCCACCAAAGACUCUGUCGAAGCUACCGCAAAUGUUUCAAAAGUCAAAUCCAAAUCUCAAUUUUGCUGCGAGACCGUCGUUGGCCAAAAUCGACGUCAGUAUUGGGUACAAUAAGGGCUCGCAACCUAACAUGUACGCGCUCGGCAGACAUAAAUCCGAACAAAAGCUUCGACAGUCCGAAUUUGCCAUGAACAAAUGUUCGAGCCAGUCAACCGAGAGUGUGAGUAGCACCAGCAGUGUGCAUAGUGCACCGGAUCUCGAAGACAAGUUGAGUUCUUGUUCCGAUAAUAGCAAAGCAUCGUACACGAUCAAGCCUGCAGAGACCACGAAAACGAUUAGAAAAUACGAAGGAAAGCUCGCUCUUUCAACACCCAAAGUCAAAUCACCACCACACAUACUCGAGAAUACGUGGGUGGCCGGAAGUAAUUUGCCAUCGCCUAUCUUGAAAAAUGGGCGCGUCACAAAUUACCCGGACAGCAGUGGAGAAAGUAGGAGCACGUCACCGACGACAAGUUCACCGUUAUUCAGUCCUGUCGGUUCGACUCAGGCGAUCAACAAAAUGGGAAUCGACAAUGGAGGUAUCGAAACGAUCGAGGAAAAUAUACAAACCACCGAGAACGUUAAGCCUGUCAAUCAAAUCAAGCCAAUGAAUGUCAUAAAUACAAAUGCAAGCAGUCAACUGCGACGACCCAUGAAUUAUGGCGCCGCUCCAAAUGCAACACCGGCGUCUACGGUAAAUAAUAGUGCAGCAAAUGGUGUCUCGAGUGGUAUUCCGAGACCACAGUCUCGCAUACCGGGACCGAGAUUUGUUAGGCCGAGCUAUAAAUGAUCGAACCAAUGUUAUUUUUCCUUUUAUCGAGAAGAGUACGAGUUGAUAGAAUCUCAGAAGAUGAAUAUCUGCUUUAAAAAAGAACAGCAGUACAAAUUUGCCCGAUCGUGCUUACAAAUACACUUGUAUCGUACAGAAAAUUAAUUUUUGAUGUUGUUUAUAACUGUUUUCAUUUCUUUGAUAUAAGACAUGAGUCGUUGUAAAUAUUGUAAUGAUAAAACAUUGAACAAAUUUUGUAAAAAUUGGAUAAAGCAAAUUUAGCCCGUACUCUGUAUUUUCAUCAACAAUUUUGCAUAUCUAUUAUUGCUAGAUAAUUUAAUAUGAUAGUCAAAGAGAAAUUAUGUGUUACAUUUUUUAUGCUAUCAAUUACAAAUUUCUUUUUGAUGUUAAAGCAAAAUAAGAAAGAAAUAUAUCGUAUAUUGGGCAAUUUUAACAAAUUAGUGCUAUAAUUUGGCAUUUAUGGGUUUACAGCAAAACUUGCGGUGUAAGUUGCUAACCAAAAAUUAUUGAUUGUUAUUGCAUUUGAGGAUACUGGAAUUUAAAUUAGCUCUCUUGAAAAAAAAUUAUUUCGAAAAUGACAUGUUUCGUGAAAUAGUUUUUUUAAGCUCGUUUAUAGCUUUCAUUAUUACUGAAUUCAAGUUAGUCUUAGAAUUGAUGAUCUAAAAAAUUUUAUUAUUAUAAUAUGAAUAGUUUAAUUCAAAUUAAUAUAUUUUAUUUUUUCAUACAUCAUAUGCAGCACUAAAAAUUUGAAUAACUCAGAAUAUUUAUAUCUGUAUUAAUUGAUGAAGUAAAACUUCUGACUGAUCAUUAGUAGUUUAGGAUUUAUUUUCUAUUUAUAAAUUUUUCCUUUGCUACAUCCAGUAAUUUUACUUGAUUUUUAAUCGAAAUAUAUUUUCAAAAUAUCACGUAUUAGUUACGUAUUUAAAUGGAAAAAUUAAUGAAAAUUAUUGUACUAAGGUAUAGUUGUAAAAAAAAUAAUAAAUUUAUCUCUACUUUUAUAAAUGCAUUCUUGUGAGUACGUUGAAUUUUACUGAGAGAAUCACGUUAUUGAUUUUGAUGCUGUUCAAAGAAAUGAAUAUUAUAAUUAUAGUAAUAUAAUAAAGUUAAAAAUUACUAUGUUACAAUAUUUAUUUUGAAAUAUGUUUUGAUGAACCGAGAAAUCGAGAAAUCAAAAUUGUUCAUGACAAAUCAUUAUGUAGAUUUCUGUAAAGUGGAAAAAAAAUCAUUUCACUACUUUUGUUAUGUUAAUUUUGACUUAAGAAUUUUUCAUUAUAACUAAACUUCAAGUGCCUUGAAAAAAUACGUGCAAAUUCUGCUCGUGAUCAAAUUUUGCGUGUUCAAAUUAUAAAUGUAAGCUCUAAGCUGAGCAUUGCCAUUAAUCAGCUUCCGAUACGUAUACAAAUUUUUACAUCCCAGAAAUAUUUUAUAGAAAACUAAUAAAGAAGCUUUUGUUAUAUACUAAA